CCUUUGAUUCAGAUAUGAAGUCCCUUCUUCAGAUACUCUUUCUUGUGGCCAUGCUAAUGCCUUUGGUCACUGCUGAUUCACAAACACUACACCAAAAAGAAUCACCAUUCCUCAGCACCAUCAAAAGCCACAACAAUACAAAAAACUCAGUUACCCCAUCUUCUGAAAGUGAAGAAUUAGCCUCUCUCCGUGGAGCCAAAAGCCUCCAUGGCCGUGGGGCCAUGACUUGUGAUAAAUACCCGAGAGUUUGUCGCGCUAAGGGCAGCGAAGGACCUGAUUGUUGCAAGAAGAAAUGUGUGAAUGUGUCGAGGGACAGAAAUAACUGUGGCAUGUGUGGGAAAAAGUGCAAGUACUCGCAAGUGUGUUGCAAAGGUAAGUGUGUGAAUCCUAUGUCUGACAAGCACCAUUGUGGAAAAUGUGGCAACAAGUGCACCAAAGGGGAUUUCUGCGUUUUUGGUUUGUGUAGCUAUGCGUGAAUGAAGCAUAGGGGCAUCUACUUCGAAUGAAGGACAAUAUUCAAUUAAUUAGUUUUGAUUAUUUGGUAGAGUACGAAAGAUUAAUGGUUCAAAAAAUAUAAUCUAUUAUUUGUAUGUGACUCAAUAAACGGACCAAAAGAGAUCAUUUUAGGAUUAUAUAGAUGAUUUGCUGU